GCGCGGGUGCGGGCGGGCUCUCCAGCCCUUCGGACACCGCAUUGGCCAGCUUCGAGCCUGACGUACAUCUGCGACUGCGGCUGGAGCUGACCAGCUAGCCGGCAAGCCACUCGUGCAGGGGGCGUGGCCUGCACGCGGGACCGAGUGUGAGAGGGAGGGCUGCUUCCGGGAUUGCCACCCCGCCCCCCGUGGGCCCCGGAGACGAGAGUGCGCGACAGCGGUGGCGGGAGCGUCGCCUCGGAUCCCUUAGGGAGGCAGAGCUGAGCACGCAGCAGAUACCUCAGGAGCCCUCAGUUCCAACGAGUUUGCUGCCCUGCGCCGCCACUGCCCACCAUGCAACCCCAGUCGGUCCUGCACAGUGGCUACUUUCACCCACUGCUUCGCACCUGGCAGACAGCAUCCACCACCGUCAAUGCCUCCAACCUCAUCUAUCCCAUCUUUGUCACGGACGUUCCUGAUGACAUACAGCCUAUUGCCAGCCUCCCAGGAGUGGCCAGGUAUGGUGUGAACCGGCUAGAAGAGAUGCUGAGGCCCCUGGUGGAAGAGGGCCUGCGCUGUGUCCUGGUCUUUGGCGUCCCCAGCAGAAUUCCCAAGGAUGAGCGGGGCUCUGCAGCCGACUCGGAGGACUCCCCAGCCAUCGAGGCAACCCGUCUGCUGCGCAAGACCUUCCCCAGCCUCCUGGUGGCCUGUGAUGUCUGCCUGUGCCCCUACACUUCCCACGGUCACUGCGGGCUUCUGAGUGAGAACGGGGCUUUCCAGGCCGAGGAGAGCCGCCAGCGGCUGGCAGAAGUGGCACUGGCCUAUGCCAAGGCAGGAUGUCAGGUGGUAGCCCCGUCGGACAUGAUGGAUGGACGCGUGGAAGCCAUCAAGAAGACUCUUAUGGCAUAUGGACUUGGCAACAGGGUGUCCGUGAUGAGCUAUAGCGCCAAAUUUGCUUCCUGUUUCUACGGCCCUUUCCGGGAUGCGGCUCAAUCAAGCCCAGCUUUUGGAGACCGCCGCUGCUACCAGCUGCCACCCGGAGCACGAGGGUUGGCCCUGCGAGCAGUGGACCGGGAUGUACGGGAAGGAGCCGACAUGGUCAUGGUGAAGCCGGGGAUGCCCUACCUGGACAUUGUGCGGGAGGUGAAGGACAAGCACCCUGAGCUCCCUCUCGCUGUGUACCACGUUUCUGGAGAGUUUGCAAUGCUGUGGCACGGAGCCCAGGCUGGGGCGUUUGAUCUCAAGGCUGCUGUCCUGGAGGCCAUGACCGCCUUCCGCAGAGCAGGUGCCGACAUCAUCAUUACCUACUACACACCUCAGCUAUUGCAGUGGCUGAAGGAGUGAUGGAGAGAGUAUGGAAGACCCAAGAAUUGGAACUUUAAAAAGGUCCCGGGCCUUGGAGAAGUGAAAACCAAAGUAAAUGCUGCUUUUAGAACUUUGCCAUCAUGCCCUCUUCCUGCUCACAUGCUAUCAGGUGCCUAGCAGUCCCAGUGGUUUCUGCCAAUGUGCCAAAUCUUACCACUCACAGCCACAUCUCAUGGGCUUCCUUCAAGCUUCCCACCCUCUCCUGAAUCAGCCCUGAGGCUACCCCGCCAUCAUUCCAGCUCUUUUCUCUGGUGUGGCUUCAGCUUAAAAACCCCCAGCAGUCAAGGGUGCAGGCUGGGUGGGGCCUGGGAGAGGAGCCUAAAGCAUUAGGGGAAGAGGAAGGCAGUUGGAUCAUGGAUCCACAGGUGCUCCGGAAAGCCCAGGACCUCUGCAGCAGUGCUAGGCACUGGGACUGAGGCCUAGAUUGAUAUCCCUGGGGUUUAGAGUUGAGAUUUGCUGCAAUUUCAACUGGAAGGUGAUUCUCACACAGGCCAGGGAUCACCAGGACACCUGAGAUCUCUUGUUUUACUCAGAGCCAUAAAACCAGGAAAGAAUUACUCAUUAAUGAGCAGAAACAUUGCUUGAGGAUCAAAAUCCAGAAGCAGAGAGAGAGUUCCUGACUGUUGGAGGUGCCAUCAUCAAAAGGUUUUUUAUUAAAGAGAUUUUUUUUUUUGAGAACGUGUGCUCUGUGCCCAGGCAGUGCUGGUACUGAGCAUCUAGCAGGACAGACCUCAGCCUGUCCUCUCUGCAUGAAGCUAUAUAGAAUGAGGGAGACAGACAACAACAAGAAAACAGACAAUAAAAUAGUUACACAUUAUAAAUGCUUUGAAGGAAAGAAAGGGUCUGAGACAGAAGAAAUGGGGCCUCUCUUGAGAGGAUGGUUGAGAAAGCCCUCCCUGAGGUUGAGGGACAAGGAAGGACUUCUCAGAGAGCAGAGGGAAGCGCGCGAGAAGCUUCGAGAAUGACACGAAGUGUGCAGAGAUCCAGUGAUGAGAGGAACUUGGCAGCGCUGCUGGGAGCAGGAUGAAGAGGAAGGUGGAUGAGAAGACUGGAGGUUAGAAAGGUAGAUCCUGCACCUUUAGGAGCUUGGAUUUUAUUUUGCAUCUGAUAUAAAGCUAGCUGAAGGAUAUUAACCAUUUAUGUGUGGUUCAGUUUUGCACACUGCUUUUAUGGGGAAAGCAGAAGGGCGAGAGAAAAAGCAGAAAGACAGAGGCUGUUUGGGAGGCUGCUGCAGACCCCCGGGAGCAAUGGUGGUGGUUGACCAUGGUGGUGUCUGUGGAGAUAGGAGGAAGCAAAUGUAUUUAGGAUACAUUUUAGAGACAGAAUUAGCAGAUUUUGCCAGUGCUUUAAAUCCAGAGGGGUCGAGGGGGAGGCAAUGGAAGAACCAAGGAUUCCUUCAUGGGUUUCUGACUUGAGCACUGAAUUCGUAGUUUCAAAUUUUCUUCUGAGAACUGACAGGAUAUAAUAUUUCCCCCUAGUUGAAAGUUAAAGCCCAGCUAAGGAGGGCCUGUGUAACAAGUCCAUCUGCCUAUCUGCAAAAUGACAGAGAAUCCCAACUCAGGCCCAAAGCAAGUUCAAUUUGGGACCAUGAAGCAAAACAACCCAUUUUAAAAUUUAAAAUAAACGGCCGGCAGCUCCUGCAGUCAGACCAGUCUCCUCUGACUCUGGGUGGUCUUCCCCAGGGCUGUGGCCAAUUUCACUAAGACCUGACCUCAGCCUAUGGGAAAGUGGCCAGCCAAGAUCGGGGCUUCAAGAGUCACAAAGCUUCUUCAGAAAGCCUGAGCCUGGAUCUACCUACCACUGAGGGGCCCAAGCACUCUCUGGUGAUGAGUCACUGAUGGGCGUUGGGGCUUCGACUAGGCCACAACCUGUGACAAUCUUAGCUUCUUGGCUUCCUGUCUCCUGGCCCCUAGCCUCUGAGCUCAUUUCUAGUUAAAAUGACUAGUGUGAAAGGGAAGGUUCUUCAAGACCAUCCCAGACUCAUCAUUGUCAGCAAAUACAGGGCCUGGCUCUGUUCUAGGCACAGAGAGACAGUAGCCAGACACUGCCCUUUAGGUACAAAUAGUCCACAGGAGAAACAACUCUGUGUAUCCAGACCCCCACCCCAGGGGUAACAUUAAGUGGAAUGAGUCUCCCUGAGAACCAGGAAGCACACGUGUCACCAGUGAUGUGACAGGUGCUAUGAAGGAGGUCACCAGGACCUGACCUAGUUUGAAGGACCAGAAAUGCUUCCCUGAGGGACUGACAUUUAAGCCUAGACCUGAGGAAGCGCACCAAGCUAACACAUUCCACCACCCUCACGUUAUGCUUUACUAAGAUCCGAGAAGUACAUCCUCAGUGGCAUGUGGUUGAGGGUCUCAAAAAGCAACAGGCAUUUUAACCAGCCAAUUGACUACCAAUUUCCCAAGUAGAAAAGGAGGGAUCCUGACCUGCUCCCUACCUCACAUGGACUCUGCCCAUCCACAUAUUAGUGCCUGUGCCUUGCAGCACCCCAUAAUCUGUACUGUUCUGGGUAGUCUUGGUGACAGAAACUAAACUCAAUAGGAAUGAUUGGUUUUCAUAACUGGAAUUGUAAUAAAGUCAAGUGUGGCCAGAGCUAGGGUCAGAGGCUCUCAUGGAGGCCUCUGCCCCUUCCUAGCUCUCUUUGCCUCAGCUUGGCUUUAUUUGGCCACUUAACAGCAUGAUCCUUACAUGGUCCUUUAGACCUACCAUCCAGAGAAAGAGUCCUUUCUGUCCCAUCGUUCACAUAGCAAAUCUCUCGAGGUCUGAUUGGCCCUGCUCAGGUCACAUGGCUGACCUCUUGGCUCAAUUACUGUAAACAAUGGCAUGAGAGAUGUGGCACUGUGAUUGACACAGUCUCCCUCAUUACACAGGAGGCUGUUGUAACCAGAAGUCCCCUUUGUCUGGAAUUGCUUUACCCCCAAAAUCUGUAUGACUGUCUCCUUUUUGUUGUUAAGAUCUUGGUUAAGAUCUUCGUUUCCUCAAAGCCACCUCUCCUGAUACCCAAUUUAAAGCCCUUCCCAGUCACUGUAUUACUCAGGAUUCAAGUUCAGUAGAUACAAACAAACAAAAAAAAUAACGAUAGCUUAAGAUGGAAUAUUUCUGAGCAAUCCAGAGCUGUCAGCUACGUGAUACAGGCGGUCAUGGCUCCUACCUUGUUCUGUCAUCCUCAACAUGUGUCAGCUUCCAUCUCGUGAACAAAGAUGGUGAGUCCAGUUCCCACCAUUACGUCCUCUUUCAGCCAGCAGGAAGAAGGGCAAGUGGAGGACAUGACCUCUUCUUUACAACCCAAAAGUUGCACACAGCACUUCUGUGUACAUGCCCUUGUCUGAACUUAGUCAUAUGGCCACACCUAGUUGUGUAAGCAAGGCUGGAAAACAGUCUAGUGGGGCAGCUAAAACUCAGGUUCAAUUACUAAGGAAAAGGGAGAGAAUGGCUAUUGGGGCAUCACAUGGAGUUCUUGUAAUCACAGAAACUGGUCAGAAUAGCAAAGUAAAAGCGGUCCUUAGAGACAGGAGACAGACCCAGAGAGGGGGUUCGUCCAAAUUCACACAAGCCAGGAGCAGACCAAUGCUGGGAUUCAGGCCUAACUCCAAGCCUAGUGCGCAAAACUGGGAAAGGGAUUGUAAAGGAGGAGGGGUGAGAAUUGGUUUUAGACGGACUUUAGCUUUUUAUGUGUUAUCAUUAGCUUCAAAUUCAUUUAUAUUCAUGUAUGAUAUAUAUCUAACAAGGAUAUAGCCAUUUGUUAUUUGUGUAAAUAAAUGAAAACGGCUAGUACAUGUAUGAAAAGGUGUUAUCAUCAUUAGUCAACAGAGAAAUUAAAUUAAAACCACAAUGAGAUCGAUAGAACCAUACAUCCGUCAGAAUACCUAAAGUUUUUAAAAGAUAGACAAUGACAAUUGUUGAGAAUGUGGAGCAACUGGAACUCUUCAGAUAUUACUGUACAACCACUUCAGAAAACUGGCCACAUCUACUAAAGCUGAACAUAUGCAUACGUUAUGGCCCAGUGAUUUCACAUCUAGGAAUUUACCUAACACAAAUGCGUACAUAUGUUCACUAAAAUUAGACAUAUUUGAGAAUGUUCAUAGCAACAUUUUCUAUUAUUUGUAGUAACCAAAAACUGGAGAUAACCCAAAUGUCUACCAACAGUAAAAUGUAGUAUAUUCAUAUAAUGGAAUAUUAUAGGAGAAUGAAUGACCAACAACUACACAUAGCAACAUGAAUGAAUCUUACAAAUAAAAUUUUGAGCUAAAGAAGGCAAAAGAAUGCGUGCUGUAUUAUGCCAUUUUUACACAGUUCAAAGUAAAUAUGCAAGUAGAAGUCAAGUAGUGGUUACCCUCUGGGGGGUGAGCGACUGGAAGA